GUAACAUAUAACUAUCAAACUAUCAACUGAUGAGCAUGUCUCUCUAGCAGGCUUCUUUGGCAUCCUUCUCAUUCGGCGUCAUUUUGAUGCUUUUUAUUUGACUUCACGAUCGAGACCACGCGAUUUGCUAUUUCCAAAUCCAAAAGUCAAAACACUUUUGGCGUAUGGGGAGAAGUAAUUCGGACCACAUUUGCAUUACGCUUACACUUCGCUGGCGUUCGAAAUAGCCACGACUUCUUCAAAAUGUGGAUUCUUCCAUUAAUUGGUUACUUGGGUGUGGUAGUAGGGUUUUCUUUUCUUACUCUCGCCAUUGCUUCGGGACUCUACUAUUUAUCAGAAUUAGUUGAAGAACAUACGGUUCUUGCGCGACGAGUAUUAACAAGACUUAUAUACGGCAUCAUAAUAGUGCAAAUUUUAUUAUUGUUAUUCGAUAAAUUCCCUUUCUCCUUGUCACUCCUGAGCGUGGUGUCCCAUCUCAUAUAUGCGAGCAACCUUCGGCGGUUCCCGAUUGUGAAGCUAUCCGAUCCACUCUUCAUUAUAUCAUGCAUUCUCGUUUGCCUCAACCAUUGGCUGUGGUUCCGUCACUUUUCGAGGCCCGGUCCAGCCCAGGGCGUCAGCUCAUGGCGUCAACCAUAUCAGCCGGACUACGAGAACAUGCCUACAUUCACACAAGUUGCUUCCUACUUUGGGCUGUGCGUUUGGCUAGUUCCCUUUGCCCUUUUUGUCAGCUUGAGCGCCGGCGACAAUGUUCUGCCCAGCAUGGGUUCCGAAUACGCCACUGGCGACUACAACGCGUCCAGGUUACCGGGCUCUUCAGAUGCAAAAGGAAAGAACAAAAAUGUAGGGUUAGCAAAAGCGCUCGUUGACAAUAUUCGAGACUGGGCAUCGGAGACUGGGGAAUUGAUGGGGUUCUACAAAGGAGACCGAACAAGGGGUUUCUGAUGUUAGUGACUAUUUUUGGUAGCUUUUUGGGUUAUUACAUAAAUACAUAUUGCAUUGCAUUUUACGUUUCAUAUAUAAUACUUCGUUCCUAUGUACAUUGGCAAUUUGUGUAUCCAUUUACAAACGUCAACACAAGCUACAGAAUAUGACAUGAGCCUCUCUCUGUUCUAUACUUCGUAUGGAGUUUUCUCAUCUCUACUUGCCUAACCCGAAAGUGAAAAUCGCUGUUGUAGAGAAGAGGUUUAUUAUAGC